AUGGCUGCUCAAGCUGAGGAGAAGCUACAAAAGCUUGACCUGAACGGUCAACACGGCGACUCGAAGGCGGCCGUAACCACGGGCGCCGAAGCGGAAGCCGGAGAGGCUGAGGACGAUUCAGACGAUGAUGCAGAUGAUGCUAACCCAGCUGCUGAUGGUGCUGCCAAUGGAGCCGCCAAAAAGAAGAAGAAGCGCAAGUCCAAGAAGAAGAAGAAGGGGGGCGCCAAGGUCCAGAGCUCUCCUCCUCGAGUCCCGGUGUCGAGCCUGUUCCCGAACAACCAGUAUCCUGAAGGCCAGAUUGAAGAGUACAAGAACGAAAACUCAUACCGCACAACCAACGAAGAAAAGCGCUACCUUGACCGCAUGAACAAUGACUUCCUGCAGGAGUACCGUCAGGGCGCUGAGGUGCACCGUCAGGUCCGUCAGUAUGCGCAGAAGAACAUCAAGCCCGGCCAGACUCUGACGGAGAUUGCGGAGGGUAUCGAGGAUUCCGUCCGUGCGUUGACCGGCCACCAGGGUCUUGAGGAAGGUGAUAACAUCAAGGGUGGCAUGGGUUUCCCUUGCGGUCUGAGCAUUAAUCACUGCGCGGCCCACUACACCCCGAAUGCCGGCAACAAGAUGGUCCUGCAGCAGGGUGAUGUGAUGAAGGUCGAUUUCGGUGCCCACAUUAAUGGUCGUAUCGUUGACAGUGCGUUUACUAUGUCUUUUGACCCGGUUUACGAUCCUCUGCUUGAGGCUGUCAAGGAUGCGACCAACACCGGUAUUCGCGAGGCGGGAAUUGAUGUCCGCAUGAGCGAUAUUGGUGCUGCCAUCCAAGAGACUAUGGAGAGUUAUGAAGUUGAGAUCAACGGAACCACUUACCCCGUGAAGGCUAUCCGCAACCUCAACGGUCAUAACAUUGACCAGCAUGUUAUCCAUGGUGGCAAGAGUGUCCCCAUCGUGAAGGGUGGGGACCAGACCAAGAUGGAGGAGGGUGAAGUAUUCGCCAUUGAAACCUUUGGUAGUACUGGAAAGGGUUACGUGAGAGAUGAUAUGGAAACCUCUCAUUAUGCUCUGAUCCCCAAUGCACCCCAGGUCCCCCUGCGGCUGUCUUCCGCAAAGAACCUACUGAACGUGAUCAACAAGAACUUUGGCACUCUCCCGUGGUGUCGCCGUUACCUUGAUCGACUCGGCCAGGAUAAAUACCUCCUAGGCUUGAACAAUCUGGUUCAGUCUGGAAUUGUCCAGGAUUACCCGCCUCUCUGUGACAUCAAGGGCUCAUACACAGCCCAGUAUGAACAUACAAUUGUGCUCCGACCUACCGUAAAGGAGGUGAUUAGUCGUGGAGACGACUACUGA